AUGCACAACAUCUCAAAUAGUAAUCGUCAGUUAGAUAAACUAGAGUCUCUUGAAAGUAUUAUGUAUAAAUGUUUACAUAGUUUAAAUGCUCUCUUUCAAUAAUGAAUUGUUUAAUCAACUACUAUAAAUUUGGAAAGACAAUUAGAUUCCAGAUUGUCACCAAAAAUACUUUUAUAAUAUACUCAAAACUCAUGAAACAUAAGCUGUGACUCUAAUGCAUUAAGAAAUUGAGAGUUUUUAAAAUAAUAAUAACAUUGUUAAAACAUUACAUCAAUUAACUUAAAGUAGAGAACAUUGUCUGAAAGAAAUAUAAAAGACAAGAAAUAUUAGUAUAAUGGACAAUGUUAGAUUGAUAUCUAAGUUAAUUUAUGAUCUUAGAAAAUUAACAUACAAUUUGAUUGAUUUUCAUCGUAAAUGGAGAAAUGGUCUUAGUUCUAAGUUUCAAUAUAAUUAUAUAUGGAUCAUCAAUCGCAAAGAUUAUUUACUUAAAAUUCGUGAUGAUUCAAAUGUCAUAUAGAUUACUCAUCCUAAAAUGUUAAGUUACUUUAAUCUUAAAGAUUAAGACAUCUUUUAUCUUAGUGUUAUUGAAUAAGCCUAUAUGGAGAAUGUAGAUUAUUAUGAUUUUUUGGCACAACAUCAAAUAAAGCAAUCAUAAGUACAAAGAAUGAAGGAUUUAUGGAGAUAUUUUUAGGAUUUAACUGUCGAAUCUCAUUUACUUGAACCCACUUAAAUUAUGGAAACUAUAUCAUUUAGACCUAAUACAUCCAAAUAAUUUCAUUCUUCAAGAAAUAAGGUUGAUAUUCCAGCUGUCACAUAAUUAGAUGAUUAUCCUAGCACAAUGCUCUAUGUUUAUGAGGAUCUUCAAUUUACAGUAUAACAUUAUCCAGAGAAAGAUAUUGAAAAAGUGAUCACUUAUUGGCAAAGUAAAAAUGUAAUAGAGUUAAAUGAAAGUUUCAAAUCUCCUAUUACACAUCUUAAGGAUGUAAUAUUAUUUUGGUAGGAAGCCACAAUAAUUAAUGUAAAUUAAUCAGCUUUGAUUGUGUGUUCUAUAGAUUAAGAAUGCAAUUCAAGAAGAUGGAUUAUACAUUCAAUAUAUAUAAUUCAAGAUAAAGAGUCUUGGUAAUAGAAAUUAAAUCAUAUUGUGUAACAUUUUAUUAAAAUGUUAUAAUAAAAGGGAGAUAAUUUUUGUUCUUUAGUAAUAUCAUGUAGUAAUGAUAAACCAAUUAAAUCUUAAUUGUAAAAUCUAAAGUUUUGUUUUCUUAAGAGUAUUUCUUAUCAUCAAUUAAAUUAUUCUUUUUAUGAAUAGAAGAUAAUUUAAAAUUAAAUUAAUUCUGGAUAAAGAAAAUACUUUACUCCAUUAACUUUGAGGAUGGUACGUGUUUUUGCAACACAGACUCAAUCAUAAUUGAUAACUGAUGAAGAAUUGUUGAUUGCACAAUUUAGUGCAAAUUUAGGAAAGAACAAUAUUAUAAACUUUGAAAACAAUAUUACUGCUUUACAACCUAUUUUGUCUGUAUUUAUUAUAUUUAUAUUGAUUUAUCAAAGAAAUAAAAAUUGUAUGGUCAAGAAUACGUGUUAGUUCAUAAACUAUAAGAUAUUAAGAACAGAUUUUAGAUACAAUUUAAUUCUCCUAUUGAUGGACCAGUAUAUUUCUAAAACUUUUCAAUCAAACUCAAUUUUCAAUACUUCUCAAGUGAAAUACAUCGUAAUACUAAUACACCCUAUAUUCGUUUGAUUUCGGUAUUAUAAAUAUAUUUAGUUAUUUAGCAUCCUCCCUUCAAUGAACAAGAAGCAUCUAUCUUGGAAUUAACAUCUAAUGAUAUUAAAUAACGUAAAAUUUACUUAGUUUCUACAAUUAAUCCAAAUAUAAAGAUGUAAUCUAUAUCUUAUUAAAUUAGAUACAUAUAUGAAGUAUAAUAGAAUGAAAUAACAAAAUCUAAUAUCUAAUAACAUAUCAAUUAAAUCUUUGAAAAAUUUGAUAAAAAAUAAGAAGGAUUAUAAAAUAUUUGGUUGCCUUUCUUUAAAGCUACAGGUAAAUAACAUACAUUACUUAAUUCAACAAUAAAUGGAUAUUUUUAAAAUAAUACUGAAAUCUCCUUCCAUUAUCAUAGAAUACCUGGAUUUCAUUCUAUUAAUAAUGUGCAUGAUUUAGAUAAAGUGAUUUAACCUCCUUUUCUAAUAGGAAUAGUUUAGAAUGAUAUUGAAUAAAUUAAUAAACCAUUAUUUUCUAUGUUGGUUGAGAAGGAUUGUAUAAUUAGAAAUUUAGAGAAGAUUGUUUAAGGGAAUAUUGGUUAACAAUUAUUACCUUUAAUUUUAUAACCAAGAGAUAUAGAUACAAAGAUAAAUGAAUUAUUAAAAAUAACAGUGUUGGAAAUAUAGAAAUCAUUUAAUUCUGAUCCUUAUACAUUAUCUUAUAAAUUGAAGUAUGGAUUAGAAGCAGCUUUAAUAAAUUUAAAUAAUGGUUAUGCUCUUAUUUAUGUUGAUGAGAAUCAUCUUCAUGAAAAGAAAUGGAUUAUUGAAUCAAUAAUGACUAAUAAUCUUGAUAAUUUAUAAGGAAUAUUGUAGAAAUUGAGUGAAUAUAUAUUUAAUGCUGAUGUAUAUGCUAGUGAAAUACAAAUUAGUUAAGUAUUAAUUUAAUUAAUUAUUAGAAUCAUUAUUCUGAUUAAGGAGAAUUGGUAGCCAAUAAAUAAGUAAUGGAUUCAAUUAAGAAAGCUAAGUUCAAGUGGAGAUUAGUAGAUAAUGAUGCUAAAAGUCAAUAAAGGAAAACUAUAUAUUAUUAAAAGAGAUCAAUUUAAGAUUUGUAUAAUAAAAUAUUAAUUAAUAAUAGUCUACCAAAAUAAGAGAAUUAAAUUUCCAUAUAAUUUUAGAGUUAUUAUGCAUUAUAAUAGAGUGAAUAGAAAAUUGAGACAUAAAAUAAAUUAGAAUAUUUGAGAAUCAAAGAUCAUUAUUAAUUAUUUGAAGAUUGUUUUUAAUUUCAUUUAGAUAGUGAUUUUUAAGAUGAGAAUCCUUUUUUAAGAAAUAAAUUUGAAUAAUAUUAAGGUUCUUUAGCUAAUAGUGAUUUUAAAGUAUUAUCUAAUCAAAAUGAAUUGAAAUCUCAUAUAUAAUUUGAUGUGAAAUUACCAAACUUAGAUUAAUUAAUGGUAUUAUAUUAUUAUAAUAAUAAAUAGAUUAAUGUACUUUAAAUGAAUACAUAAUUAAGAUUGAAAAGACAUAGAUAAGUUAUGAUUGAACAUAAAAAAUAUAUUGAAAUCCCUAAUAUUGAAGGAAUGUAAUAGAUAUAUUAGGCUGAUUUGUAUUAAAAAAAUUUAAGAGUCUUUUUUGUACCUACUACAGAUUCACAUUCUUAUUUUUAUUUUAUUGAAAUACCCAAUUAAUAAAUGGUGAAUCAAAUUAAAUAAGAUUAUCUUAAUAUAACUACUAUGAUAUCUUAAUCAUUUCCAAAUAAAUACAAUUAAAGUUGUAAAUCAUUGUUGAUAUAAUAAUUUUCAAAAAUAUCAUAAAUAAACAAGAAUUCAAAUUUCUUGUUUGUUGAAUUUGCUUUGAGUGAUCAAUAUACAAUAGAACCAUAGAUUAUAUUAUAGAAGAGAAAUGAUGAUCAAUAAUGGAUUGUAUAGUUGCCAAUAAUUUGUGGAAUAUUACAUACAAAUGUUAGAAAUCAAUAUGAAAGACCAUUAAUUGCAUGGAUAAUCGAAAAUUGA